UGUGAUAAUAUACAGGUAAGAUGUUAUACCACCUCUGAUUAGGAGUCAGUCCUACAUCGGUCAAAUGUUUGUCAGUAUAACUGUGAUGUACUAUAUAACGGAAGAUCUGUCGCGAUUCCGGGAUGUAGUUUGAACAACAUAUUUGACGUCAACUUAAACGUGGUUUAGAAUCUUGAUAUCGAACAACAACAAGAUGUCUUUUGACCAAGUAGACGGCGCUAUACUGUCGAGAAACGAACCUAACAACGAUGAGACAAACAGUCAAAUCGGAAAUGACGAAAAUAAGGAAUCCACCAAAUGCAAACGCAUGUUAAACAAAAUUUCAAAGAAUUUCUGGGGACUUCCGGUUUUGAGACGUGUUCCCGAGUCAGAUCACGAUCGCGCAUUUGAUUGUCUGAUUGCUGUAGUCUCUCUCUGUCUGUGCCUCGGAGAAGUUGUGUUGGAAGGGAUGUUACUCUAUGAGUACCACAUGAAUGGUCAACACCUCCAGUUUUCUCUUACUCUAGGUGUUAUCGUCAUAACUGGCAUUGUUGUUGGCAUAUUCACGACAUCAUGGGCUUGCAUCGCUCUAAAGCAGCGCCGUGACCUUGCGGAGGAGAGAGAACCGUCGUUAAACGAUACGGCGGGUAUUGACAACAGUUCACGAAUGACGAGCCCGUCUUCCAAUAAAGUACUUUGGUCAUGUAGGAUUUCUUCCUCAUUUCUCCAGUUUGGCCGAGCUUUCAGGCUAGCAGAGUAUAUUUACAACAUGCAUCAAGGAUGGAAAAGUAAAAGAAAAGACGAGGGGAGAAUAAAGAGGGCGGAAGUGGAACUUCGGGACGCUUCUAUUUUAGGACUGAUUGAGGGAUACCUGGAAACUUCUCUAAAACUACUGUUACAAUUGUACCUGAGGUUUGACACUGACUUUGUGACUAGGACUAGAGAUUUGUUCCUUGUGGUCGCCUUGGCAUCUAUAUCGGCAUCUGUAACAUCAUGUUAUAUGACGAACCGGAAGUUGAAUCACGGGCGUCAGUCAGCAACUUCUCGAGCAUACGCAGCGUAUGUAUUGAUGCGGCUGUUUGAACUUGGACCCCGUCUUAUUUUGCUGGUUCUCUGUAUUAAGUUCGUUAGAUGGUGGACGCUGGUAGGAGUCGGCCUACAUCUCGUGCUGAUGAUCGCGUUUAAUACAUGUUACGUGGAUCCCGAGAACAAUGAUAUGUGUUGUCGUCACGGUGGCAAUUGUUUCUUCUCCCUCUUUGUAAGCUACGUGGAGAUAUACAGCUUCAUCAACAUGAACAAGGAUGAGUCCAAACGUACGGCGGUGAUAUAUUACAUUAUAUUUUAUUUGGAAAACGCAUUGAUGAUGUCACUAGUGCUCGGCCUGACGUCUAGCGGAAGCGUCCCUUGCAUGACAUCCUGCAAGUUUGCGUUUUCUGCGAUUCCUGGUUUUGUGUUUCAUGUUUUACUUCUGUCUCUAUACUACAACUGUCUCCACUCGACACGAAACAGGGGAGACGUCUGACUGUCUCAUACAUUCUCACAGGGACGGAGAACCAAAUAAAUACCUUACAUAUGUGCCAAACCACACAGUAUGAGCCGGUACUUACAUUUGUACAUGUACCGUCUAUUAACUCAAUCCAACACGGGAGUCAGAACGGCAGCUAGAAAGACAGUCAAUAUUCAUAUAUAUCACUGCUUACACAGAAGUAUACAUACGAUUUCAGUACCACCGAAUGCUAACAUGUAAGGAUAUGGUAACUUUACAUGGAAAACUAUUCCAUAAGGGUAAGGUCUCCAUCAUCUCAUAUGUCAUGAAAAUAUUGGUAAUAUCAUGUUGUCUUGUUCUCAACAUUAAAACCAACAUAGUGGAAAUAAGACCAUGAGGAUAAAUAAAAUAUGUAAGAAUCGAAGAGACCAAACAUCGCACAAGGAAAUAGAACAUUUCUCAAGGAAAUGAUAAUGUCGAACGUAAUGUCUUCAUAAACAUCGGUCAGCAGUGGUCAUAUUGUUACGGAAAACGUGAACUAUGACAUCUAAACAUCACAAGUCUGUGAAGCAGGGAUAAAUAGGAAAUCCACAAUAAAGAAAUAGGCAUUAUCAGCUUGAUCAUACAGCCAAGCGGUAUGCUAUUCA